CCAGAUAAACCGAGAGCAGCGGUUGUUAUUGAUCUACUGAUCUUGCUUCUGGUCUUUAAGAUUUUACUAAAUUUAAUUAAAACAAAAUAGUGAAAAGUGCAAAUAAUUAAGAGUAUCAAAGUGCAUGGCAAAAGUGCAAUAAACCGAAAGCAAGCUUGAAAAGAAAAACAAAUAUUUUGCAUGCAAAUACUAACAAAAGAAAGAAAAUAAUUUGGGAAAGAAAUAAAGAAAAUGCUUAUUUUCUAUGGCAAAUAUGCAUUUCUCUUCUGGUUCUUCCUGGGCACCAAUAAAGGUGAAGUGCUCCUAAUGCAGCAAAUCUUCCAUGACAAUACCCUGCUCAAUGUGACUGCCUGUACACAGAAUUGUCUGGAAAUGGGCAACCAGGACUUCCGAGGCUGUUACAAAGAUUGCAAAUCAAAUGGAACUGCUCCUGGGCCUCUACGCAAAGUACAGGAAAACUUUCAACUGCACAUGCUGUGUCGCACAGAGUCGCAGAUAGUUUUUCAUAUAGAUUGGGUCCAGCAUAGCGGGGGAAACGAGACAGCCCCAAAUUCCACCUACAUUAUCAAGGUGGCCAGAGAGAAAAUUACAGAGACAAAACUUUAUUUGUCUGACGAGAACUUCAUUAUACUGUCCCACUUGGAGUCAAACUCCAGCCACAAUAUAACCGCUCUGGCGGUGCAUGGAGAUGGUAGCUACUCCUUGAUAGCCCGAGAUCAAAGCUUUCUAACCCUGCAACGUGGCUACCAGCCCAGCAAAAUGGGAGCUGUAAGCCUGCGAGGAUUUGUGCCGCAGAAGAAUGAGACCCAUCGCAUAGCCGCUGAGAUUGAAUGGCAGCCUUCAGCGGAGCGCAAUUGCUACUUUGAUAUGGUGUCCUACUCCACCAACAGCGUGAAUAUGGAUGAACCACGGCAGGUGGAGUUCCGAGAUCUUCGAAAGCUAUACAGGCACACGGUGGACAACAUGGAAUUCGACAAAACCUAUCUAGUGGGCGUGAGAACAGUGAAUAUAUUAAACCGACUGGAGAGCGAAGUGGAGUGGCUUACAGUUCAGGCGCCCAGUUGUUUGGAUUGGUAUCCCCUUAACUACACACUUUGCGCUCCUCACAAGCCUGAAAAUCUAAGCGUCCUGCAAGAGCAGUAUGAACGAAAUACAUUGGCCUUGAAUAUCAGCUGGUCGCAACCCAAUCUUCUGCCAGACAACUACUCACUUCGCAUCUUUGAUCUGUACCUGGGCAGCAAGGAGGUGAACUUCACCCUGGACAAGAGCACAAGCCACUUCUUUAUACCCCGGAUCACUGUCCUGGGCUCCCACUUCGAGGUGCAUUUGGGGGCUCUGUCAAAGGGCGGCAAGAAUUUCAGCGUUCUGACCCUGGACAAGGCGCCAAGGGAUGCCUGGUUGAGUGAGGGCAACCUGAUUAAGCUGAUACUCUUCAUCAUUGUGCCCAUCUGCUGUAUUUUGAUGCUGUGCUUCCUGACCUUUUGCAGACGGAAUCGGUCGGACUGCCAGCCCUUUGAAAUGGAGGCCAAGGAGGCAAAGGCAAGUGAUUUCCACCUCUCGUUGAUGGAUAGUAGUGGUCUGUUGGUGAGCUUGUCUGCCAACGAGAGCAUGGACUUUGCGGAUGAACUGGAGGUGGAGCCGCGAUCGGUUCUUUUACAGGAUGUUUUGGGCGAGGGCGCCUUUGGUUUGGUGCGACGAGGAGUCUACAAGAAGCGACAAGUGGCUGUAAAAUUACUUAAAGAUGAACCCAAUGAGGAGGACGUGUACGCCUUCAAGUGCGAGAUUCAGAUGCUUAAGGCGGUGGGCAAGCAUCCGAAUAUUGUGGGCAUCGUGGGCUACUCCACACGCUGCAGCAACCGUAUGAUGUUGCUCAUCGAAUACUGCAGCCUGGGCAGCCUUCAGAACUUCCUAAGAGAGGAGUGGAAGUUCCGACAAGAGCGUUGCGUAGUUGGUCUUAAACACAAUCUGGAGCAGAAUGUGGACAAGCGGCGAUUUCAGCGACCCAGUCGGCUUUCUAUCCAUGAUCGCAUAGAAGACAUCAACGGCUCCAUGUUAUCGACUGUGGAGGAGGAAAGUGAGGCUGAUCAGACACACAACAGCAGCCGAGUGGAGACCUACACACUCACACGAAUCACAAAUGCAGCAGAUAAUAAAGGCUACGGACUGGAGGACAUUGAGAAUGUUGGUACCAAUCAUAGCCAGAAAGUUGUAAACGCUGCCAAGAAUGAGUGCAAAUUAGAGCAAUGUCCGGGGACCAAGGAGAAGUCGAGUGUAAAGACAAAGCUGGAGUCAAAGUUAGAAAGCAAAAGUCGAACCUUUGAGAACAAGGAAUACUUUGAUUCUCUUAACUUCGAAGAGACAAAACCCAGAGUUCCACUGAAAUAUGCGGAUUUACUGGACAUUGCCCAGCAAGUUGCAGUGGGAAUGGAGUUUUUGGCCCAAAAUAAGGUGGUGCAUCGGGAUUUGGCAGCCCGUAAUGUGCUGAUCUCCCUAGAUCGCAGCAUUAAAAUUGCAGACUUUGGACUGAGUCGCGAUGUCUACCAUGAGAAUGUCUACCGCAAAUCCGGAGGCAGUGGCAAGCUGCCCAUCAAGUGGCUGGCACUGGAGUCCCUCACCCACCAGGUGUACACUAGCCAGAGUGAUGUCUGGUCUUUUGGCGUCUUGCUUUACGAGAUCACCACGCUCGGCGGGAUGCCCUAUCCAUCGGUGUCGCCCAGCGAUCUGCUGCAAUUACUGCGGCAGGGUCACAGGAUGAAGCGUCCUGAGGGAUGCACCAAUGAAAUGUUCGCUUUGAUGGAAAGCUGCUGGUGCUCCGUUCCCUCACACAGACCGACCUUCACCGGACUCAAGGAUAAACUGGGUGCCAUGAUCGCGGCCACCAACGAUAUGCCCCAGAGGCUACAGCAACUGCAAGCCAAAUUGGAGUCCUGUAAAGUGAAGCAGCUGUCCUCCGAGGAAGAGCCGUACUUGGAGCCUCUGCAAUGAGGUCCUCGCCCUGAAGAACAUCCUAAGUGCAAUACAAGAUAGUUAUGUAGAAAAUUAUUGGACAAAAGAUAUCCUAGAAAUCAAAUUACAAAUUAGACAACCAACGCUGACAAGCAGCUACAUAAAGUUUGCUAGAAAAUAAAGAGUAAUGUUAGUUUUAAGUAAA